GGGACACACGACAUGUACUCACUGGCUCUGCAGAUAACAGCUGUCGGCUCUGGGACUGCGAAACAGGAAAGCAGCUUGCCCUGGUGAAGACCAGCUCUGCAGUGAGGACCUGUGGCUUUGACUUUGGAGGAAACAUCAUCAUGUUUUCCACAGACAAGCAGAUGGGAUAUCAGUGUUUUGUGAGCUUCUUUGAUCUCCGGGACCCCAGCCAGAUCGAGAACAACGAACCUUACAUGAAAAUCCCCUGCAGUGACUCUAAAAUCACUAGUGCUGUGUGGGGCCCUCUGGGAGAGUUCAUCAUCGCAGGACAUGAGAACGGCGAGCUGAACCAGUUCAGUGCCAAGUCAGGGGAGCAGCUUUCAAACAUCAAGGAGCACACCAAGCAAAUCAAUGAUAUUCAGACCUCCAGGGAUAUGACCAUGUUCAUCACUGCCUCCAAGGACAACACAGCCAAGCUCUUUGAUUGCACAUCACUUGAGCAUCUGAAGACAUUCCGGACGGAACGACCGGUGAACUCUGCUGCACUUUCCCCCAUUUUUGACCAUGUGGUGCUUGGUGGUGGGCAGGAGGCCAUGGAUGUGACCACAACCUCCACCAGGAUUGGCAAAUUCGAGGCAAGGUUCUUCCACUUGGCUUUUGAAGAAGAGUUUGGCAGAGUGAAGGGUCACUUUGGUCCCAUAAACAGCGUUGCGUUUCACCCCGAUGGGAAGAGUUACAGCAGUGGGGGUGAGGAUGGAUACGUUCGCAUCCAUUACUUCGAUCCCCAGUACUUUGAGUUUGAAUUUGAAGCUUAAAGGAGGAUUCUCCUCUCCUCUGCUCUUCCCUCCAACCCAUUGCCUAGUCCAUCAGCUCCAGCACUGAACUGUUGCAAAGUCUC